CGAACCAUGUGAGAAUGUUUUUUAGAAGAUAACGACUAUAAAAAGGAGUGGACAGCGCUGAUCAGAACAUAAUCAACAUACGGUUGUCAAACAGUCCACACACAGAACCCAAAAUGGCAUUCAAGUUCGCCGUCUUCGCCGCCAUCGUGGCCGUUGCCAACGCCGUCGCCAUCGGCUACCCAGCUGCCCAUCUGGGAUACCCAGCUGUCGGAGUGGCCAAGGUUGGAGUUGCUGCUCCAGUUGUGGCCAAGGCCGUCGUUGCCGAUUACGAUGCCAACCCUCAGUACAGCUACAGCUACCACAUUGCCGAUGCCCUGACCGGAGACAACAAGGAACAGCAGGAGUCCCGCUCCGGAGAUGUUGUGACCGGAUCUUACUCCCUGGUUGAGCCCGAUGGCACCCGUCGCGUCGUUGAGUACACCGCCGACCCCGUCAACGGAUUCAACGCUGUUGUCCACCGUGAGCCACUCGCCGUCAAGGCCGUUGCCCCAGUUGCCAAGAUCGCCGCUCCCCUGGCCUACCCAGCUGCCCACCUCGGAUACCCUGCCUACGGCAAGGCCAUCCUCGGUUAAGGAGCUAUCAUAGCUAUAGAACCCGCUGGAACCAGCCAUGAUUGCACGGCGUUGAAAACGUAGUGAAAAUCAUGGCGUAUUCCCUCCCCAAUCAUCAGGACAUCGUGCAAUGAACCAUGCAAAACCCCGUACACAAAAAAAAAACAAUUAGAAUCAUUCAUCUGUAAAUAGCAUAGCAUAAUCGCUCAAAGAACGUGAACGUACCAUAUGACUCCAUCGACCAAGUGCAUUGAUAGCGCACUCGAUACAUCGAUAUGUUUGACUGUGUGUGACUUAAGUGUUAGUCUAGUGUUAAUAGAUCAAUCAAUGACGAACAAAUAAAAUGCGUGUUCGCAACAAUGGAAAGGAA